AUGGCACCCUACCUCCAGCUACUCGGCGGCUCUGCCGUGCUCGCUUACAUCCUGCAGAGAUUCUCGCCAUAUCCUAUUGGAACCAUUCUCACGACGGUGAUCUUAUUCUCAGCAUCGUUCACGGCCUAUGCGUUCUGGUAUGUCGUGGUGUAUCCAAAAUUCCUCAGCCCGCUUCGCCACCUACCAACGCCACCGGACAAUGCAUUCUUUACAGGCCAGACAAAGCAGAUCAUGCGAGAAGCGUCCGGCAUACCCAUGAGAAAAUGGAACGAUACCGUGCCCAACGAGGGCUUGUUGCGCUACAGCAAUUGGUUCCAGGAUCGAGUGCUAGUAACCGGACCCAAACAACUUGGAGAAGUGCUGGUGACGAAGAACUACGACUUUGUGAAGCCAAGGCAGUUCCGCCACAACCUAGGCCGCAUACUAGGCGUAGGCAUCUUGCUGGCGGAGGGAGAUGAACACAAGAUGCAGCGGAAGAACCUCAUGCCUGCAUUCGCGUUCCGCCACAUCAAGAAUCUGUACCCUUCGUUCUGGAGCAAGUCGCGGGAGAUGACGGAGUGCGUAGCUGAAGCCUCCAAGUCGACAGUGCCGCAUUCCGAAAAGUCGAAGUCUGAGGAUAGCGAGAAGGCGGCAGCAGAUGCACCUCAACACGCACCAGGCGUUCUUGAGAUCCUUGGUGCGUUCGUUCCGCCGCAAAUUCUUACGCGGCUGCCGAUAAAGCGGAACAAUACCAUCGAUGGAGCAUCACAGUACAUUAAGCAAGUUUGCCGGGAUCUGAUCGCCAGCAAGCGCGCCAAGCUGGCAGAGAAAGAAGAGACAGGUCUUGAUAUUAUCAGCGUGGCCCUUGAGUCCGGCGGCUUCACCGACGAAGAGCUAGUCAACCAGAUGAUGACGUUCCUCAUCGCCGGUCACGAAACCACCGCAACAGCAAUGCAGUGGGCGCUGUACCUUCUAUGCAAGAACCCAGAAGCGCAGGAGAAGCUGCGACAGGAAGUUCGGUCUAAGCUCCCCAGCCCUGACGAAGACCUCACGGCUGCAGAGUUGGACAACUGCAACUACCUCCGCGCUGUCUGCACAGAGACGCUCCGUCUUUGCGCGCCGGUCAGCCUGACAUUGCGAGUUGCAGACCGCGACACGAGCAUAGGCGGCCAGUUCAUACCCAAGGACACGACUAUCAUCCUCGCCCCCUGUGCGACCAACACCUCCAAACAACUCUGGGGCGAAGACGCUCUCGACUUCAAGCCUGAAAGAUGGCUCGAUGCCGAUGGGAAGGCGAACAACAAGGGCGGCGCAGAGUCGAAUUUCGCUAUGAUGACGUUCCUUCAUGGGCCGCGCUCGUGUAUUGGGCAGAAGUUCGCACAAGCGGAGUUUGAGUGUCUUCUUGCUGCUUGGGUGGGCAGGUUCGAGACUACUUUUGAAGAGGGGAGUCCGUUUAUUGACAAUGAGCCGGAGAUUAAGGGUGGGAUAACGUCGAAGCCGAAGGGCGGGCUCUGGGUGCGGUGUAAGGAGGUGGGAGGGUGGUAG